AUGUCAAACAUCGAGGUCAAGUCAGAUAACCCUUCGUUCGUACUACACGGUAUCGAAGAUGUCAAGUUCGAAAACCGAUCAGUACCAGAGAUCAAGGACGAUGAAUGUCUGGUAGCAGUCACAAAGACGGGCAUAUGCGGAUCGGACGUUCAUUACCUUUUGCACGGUCGCAUUGGCGAUUUCGUAUUGGAACAACCCAUGUGUUUGGGACACGAGUCCAGCGGUGUAGUAGUCAAAUUAGGACCUGGCGUGAAGAAUGAUGGAAGGAUCAAAGUGGGUGAGAGAGUCGCGAUGGAACCUGGGGUUAGUUGUAGGACUUGUACGGAAUGUAAGAGUGGAAUGUACGAGCUGUGCCCUCACAUGGCUUUCGCUGCUACCCCUCCAACUCAAUUCGGGACUUUGUGUCGAUACUACGUCCUCCCCGCCGAUAUGCUCCACCCCAUUCCCGAAACCGUCUCAUUCGAAGACGGUGCCAUGAUGGAACCUUUGUCCGUUGGUGUCCACUCUGUCCACUCGCUCGGUCAGCUCCAAUCAGAUCAAGUUGUCAUUGUCUUCGGUGCUGGUCCUGUCGGUCUGCUCUGUAUGGCAGUUGCCAAAGCGUUGGGUGCUAGGCGAGUCAUCGCGGUGGAUAUUCAGCAGGAAAGAUUGGACUUUGCGAGAUCGUACGCUGCUAGUGAUAUCUUCUUACCUGGCGCCCGUGACCCCAACGAAUCCAUGGAAGACUACUGUGCUCGAGUGACCGAAGAAAUCAAGACCACCCUCAACAUCCCUUCUCGAGACCAUGGCGCUGUUGACCUCGCCAUCGAAGCCUCAGGUGCACCAACCUGUAUCCAAAUGGGUAUCAACAUCUUAAAACCUGCCGGUACAUACGUUCAAGUGGGUAUGGGACGAAACAUGAACGUUCCCCUUCCACUAUUCCACGUAAUCAACAAACAGCUCAAGGUAUUGGGUUCAUUCCGAUAUGGACCUGGUGAUUACCCCUUGGCGAUAUCUUUGGUCGAAAGGGGCUUAGUGGAUCUCAAGCCAUUGGUCACUCAUCGAUUCGAAUUUGAGGAUGCCAAACAGGCCUUUGAAGUGACCAAACUAGGUAGGGAUGAGGGUGGGAAGGGAGUCAUUAAGGCUAUCAUCAGUGGACCAAAGUAA